CCACCUUCUUAAUCUUUUCCCCCUCCGCCUCGUCAAUCCAGAAGAAGGAAUCCCUCCUUCCCUCUCUCUCUCUCUCUCCACAACGAAAAAGGAGAGGGAGGGAAAGGGAGAGAGAGAGACAGAGACGAGAACUAAGAAGAAGCCUUCGGACGACGGGAGGGAGACAGGAUGGAAGAAUAGAAAAGGAAGGAAGGAAGGAAGGAAGGCCUCUUCUCCUCUGGCGCUGGGCUUGGCUGUCGACGCUCUUUUUUGACAGCCGAGCCGGCGCCUACCUUUCUCCCAAUUCCUCGGUGAGUCCCAACUCCCCCUUCACCUUAAUGCUAUUAUAGAGUACAACUAACUCGGUCAACAAUACCCAGCAAGUUUCAAUUUUUGUUCCUUUGGCUCGUCCUGCUUCCGCGUAAAGCUCUUGUCUUUUUCACCCCCUUCGUACCUGCAAUUAGUUGGAACGCGUAUUUCCGUCCUGAUGGCUUCCCUUUCCGGCAUUCUCCACCGGCCUCUCUCCACCGCCGCCGUCAUCGCCCUCGCCGCCGUGUCGACGGACCUCCCCGACCGCUUCUCUCCCUCCAAGCCAUCCGAACUCGAUGCCGCGUCGCCACCCGCCUCAGCGGUGGUAUCGGAGCCUCCGCGGCACCCCCGGAUUUCCUUUGCCAAUCCCUCCGGCCUCUCUUUCAUCUCCAAGGUUCAAAAUUUAAGCCUUCACCAUGUGCCGGAUUCUUUGUUCGGAUCGUGUUCGAUACCAGCUGCUUCGCCGCCGGUCCUCCUUACCGUGUACCGCUAUGCUAAGUUGGCCGAACCUGCUAAGUUCGAUGAUUCGACGCCGCCGAUUCCUUCGUCGCCGGCGGAGGUUCUGUAUCGAUGGCAUCCCCCUGACCCGAGAGCUUAUGGGGUGUCAGGGAAGGAUGGUUGCUCGGCUGCCAAGUCUCGGACGGUCGUGGUUUUGCUUGGCUGGCUGGGAGCGAAGCAGAAGCAUUUGAAGAGAUAUGCGGAGUGGUACACUUCGAGGGGCUUUCAAGCCGUGACUUUUACCUUCCCCAUGACGGAUAUCAUCAGCUACAAGGCCGGCGGUGAGGCGGAGCAGAACCUUGAGCUGCUUGCUAACCAUCUAGCUGAUUGGGUUUCGGAGGAGAGUGGGAAGAAUUUGGUUUUCCAUACUUUCAGCAACACCGGCUGGCUGAUCUAUGGAGCUAUACUUGAGAAGUUUCGGAAGCAGGACCCUUCAAUAAUGGGGAAGAUCAAAGGUUCCAUUGUGGACUCGGCCCCUGUUGCUGCCCCUGAUCCACAGGUUUGGGCUUCUGGUUUCUCUGCUGCGUUUUUGAAAAAGCAGAGUGUAGCAACUAAAGGAAUGCUGAGUUCAAACGGAUCGGGGAGUGGCAUGAUGGUUGCUGCUGAUUCUGGUGUGAAACCUAAACCAGCAGUCAUGGAGGUUGCUUUGCUGGCAGUAUUGGAGAAGUUUUUUGAGGUUGUCCUGAACCUUCCUGCUAUUAACAGGAGGCUCUCAGAUGUUUUGGAUGUGUUAUCAUCAGACCAACCAAAGUGUCCGCAGCUGUAUAUAUACAGCUCUGCUGACAGAGUUAUUCCAGCGAAAUCAGUGGAAUCAUUUGUAGAGAGGCAACAGAGAGCCGGGUAUGAGGUCAGGGCAUGUGAUUUUGUGUCCUCGCCUCAUGUCGACCAUUUCCGAAGCCAUCCAGGUCUCUACACUUCUCAGCUCACCAACUUUUUGGAGGACUGUGUGCUUACCGGUUGCAAAGAUUUGUCAUAAGUUCUACAUAUAGAUAUAUAUUGUGAUGCUUUCAUUCUUUUCCUGGCAUUGAUCUAUUUCUUGCCAGGCAUAGCUAAUUCAAGAGAAAUUGUUCAAAUUUCACUUGUGCAUCCAUCGCAUGAUUCUAAUAUAAGAGCAUAUAGUUACAAAAA